AUGAGUUCUUCUUUCUCUGACAUAAUUCGAUCUCGUCGUCAGAAAGAUUUUGUGACCGUGGAGCAUCAUUAUCAUGUAGAUGUAUUUAAUUCUGUCAUUGAUUAUCAGUUGAAAGAAUUAAACAGUAGAUUUAGUGAGCAAACAACUGAACUUCUUACAUUGAGCACAACUUUAGAUCCUAAAGAUGCAUUCAAGUCAUUCAAUGUUGGUGAUAUUUGUUGUCUGGUUAAGAAGUUUUACUCAUGUGAUUUUUUUGACCAAGAAAAGAUUCUGCUGGAAUAUGAAUUGCAACAUUAUGAUUUUGAUGUGCUUAAAGGUGUCAACUUUCAGAACUUGUCCACAAUUGGUGAAUUAUUUCAAAAACUAGUUGUGACUGGAAAAUCAAAUGUUUAUCCUUUACUUGACAGAUUGUUAAGAUUGGUUUUGACACUUCCUGUGUCAAUGACAACCACAUAA